AUGACGGGUCGCGCACCCUCUCCAGCGCUAUCCACCACUUCAGUUGCCACAGUCAGCGCAGGAACAAAAAGGAAAGAACGAGAAUACGAACAGGAUCAUGGCGAAGAGACCAACAUCAAUGUCGUUGUUAGAUGCCGUGGGCGUAGUGAUCGAGAAGUACGGGAGAACAGCGGUGUGGUUGUGUCUACAAAUGGUGUCAAAGGACAAACUGUCGAGUUAUCAAUGGGACCAAAUGCUAUCAAUAAUAAGACCUACCACUUCGACAGGGUUUUCUCACCAGCGGCAGACCAAGCCAUCAUCUUUGAAGAUGUGGUUGCACCAACGCUUACCGAAAUGCUCUCCGGAUACAAUUGCACCAUUUUCGCCUAUGGACAGACUGGUACUGGAAAGACAUACACCAUGUCUGGAGACAUGACUGAUACUCUCGGUCUGCUUUCGGAUGCGGCAGGAAUCAUCCCUCGGGUUCUAUAUUCGUUGUUUCAAAAACUGGAAUCAGACGAAAUCGAAUGUUCGGUGAAAUGUUCAUUUAUUGAGCUUUACAAUGAGGAGUUACGGGAUCUACUAUCUGUCGAUGACUCAGUCAAGCUGAAGAUUUAUGAUGACACAAGCAGAAAAAAUCAUAUCGCGACUACCGUGCAAGGCAUGGAAGAGUCUCACAUUAAAUCCGCUGCAGCCGGUAUCAAACUUCUGCAGGCGGGCAGCCAUCGGCGCCAAGUUGCGGCUACAAAAUGCAACGAUCUCAGUUCGCGAAGCCACACCGUCUUUACAAUCACCACACAUUUAAAGAAAGUCAACGAGGCAGGCGAAGACUACAUCUGCUCUGGAAAACUGAAUCUGGUCGACCUGGCGGGUAGCGAAAACAUUCAACGUAGUGGUGCCGAAAACAAGAGAGCUGCCGAAGCCGGGCUGAUCAAUAAAAGUUUACUGACUCUUGGCCGUGUGAUUAACGCUCUAGUCGACCGGAGCUCACAUAUCCCAUAUCGCGAGUCCAAACUGACGAGGUUAUUGCAAGAUUCUCUUGGUGGGAGGACCAAAACAUGCAUCAUCGCCACAGUCUCUCCAGCUAAAAGCAAUCUUGAGGAAACGAUCUCUACACUUGACUAUGCUUUCCGAGCGAAAAACAUCCGGAACAAACCACAGGUCAAUUCUUUGAUCUCCAAGAAGACACUCUUGAGAGAAUAUACAACGGAGAUUGAGAAAUUGAAGAGCGAGUUGAUCGCCACACGACAGCGAAAUGGUGUCUAUCUCACAAACGAGCAAUAUGAAGAGAUCACAGUAGAGAGCGAAUCUCGCAGAAUCCUCAGUGAUGAACAGAAAGCGAGAAUCGAAACCAUGGAGGUCAGCCUUCGAAACAAGGUCCAGGAACUGUUCAGUCUUACGAAUAAUUUCACUUUGCUGAGAAGAGACACUGAAUCGACACGAACAACUUUGGAAAGUACCAAGGACGUCCUUAUCAAGACAGAGGCUGUGCUCGCCAAUACAAGGGACCUAUUGGCAGAUGAGCAUGCUCUCCGUGAGGCUCAUCAAGCUACGGAGGAAGAGCUCUUUGGUCAAGGGACUGAAUUGGUCUCCACCAUUAGCCAAUCACUGAGUGACAUCAACGGACUGCAGGCAAAACUACGGCGCCGCUCAGACCUUCACACUCAAAAUCGUGAGACUUGGAAGACUUCUGCUGGUUUGGUAACCGACGUUUCUGGCAUGAUCGAUGCUCGUAUCGAACACUUCCAGGCUUCUCACGCGCAUAUAAUUACUACUAGCUCUAGUUUCAUCGAAAAAUUCUUGUCGUCAGAGACAGCGCGACUUGAGACAUCAGCUGAUGUCAUGCUCACCAAGAUUUCUCAACUAGAACAGAACAGCCAGAGUUUUCAGAGUCAGUCAGGUGAUGAUCGAGAUGCAAUGAACAAUGUUCUCGAAGAAAUCAAAGACCUUCGCGAAGAGGUCAAAGAAAAGGUGAGUGAGGGAUUGCAAGGCCUUUCUGCUGCAGCGGCAAAAAUAUCAGCAGAGGUCAUCUCAGAGCUGGAUCAAUUUCAUGCUCAGCUUCAUACAUCGUACAGCGGCUUGGGCAAAGACUUCAAGAACUUGUUCGAUGAUUUGACCCAACAACUAGCAGCACAGCGUCGUGAGGCUGAUGAGCUGAGAUCGGCACUCGAGGCAUCCAACCGAGCAAAUCUUGAGGCAACAUUGACAGCAUCCUCACAAUUGCAAACAGUCUUGGAAGAAGAGAGAAAGAACUCGAUAGAAGAACGAGAGAAAUUGAAGGAUCAGAUCUUCAAACUAUUGGAUUCGUCAGCAGCUCAACAGCAAGAAAGACUAUCUGACAGGUUGAUUAAUACUCAAACCAGUCUGGUUGGCGCUAGCGAGAGCUUUGAAACUGCGGACAAGGCUUACAAAGAAGGCAUGGAUCAGUGGAGCGCCCGGGAUGCAGAGUUGAUGGCCACAGUUGUCAGGUCGAAGGAUGAAUUGAAAAACAAGAUGAAGGGAGACUGGACGGCUAUCAAUUCUCGAAACACGGCGAUUCAAAAGUCUACCAAAGCUGUACACGAAGAAACAGUCAAAAUUGUUGAUGCUCAGCUUGCAGACAUGGCAACUCAGAUGGCUGCUCUUGACGAGUUUGUGACAAGGGCACGAUCUCAAAAUGACAAUCAUCACGCUGCACGGGUUGUCAGCUUGAAACAUCUAGCCACGAGUGCACAAGAUGGGCUCUCUCUUGCCAUUAAAGAUUCAGAUGAAAGCAAAAUAACAUUUGCCGAACUUGGUAUCAGCCAUGCAGCACAAAUGACCGAGAUUGAGCAGCUGGUGAACACGCUUCAGGACGAAACCCGGGAGCCCUUGCAAGGGCUCAAGGCAGAUAUUUCAGAAUACACCAUGGUGGAUUAUAUCCCAACUGGACAAACACCACAAAAACGAGACUGGACAUACCCUACUCAACUUUCACGAACAGAGAAUCACGAAUCUCUCAUUGCAAGACGCCGAGGACUGCCGGACCCUAACAUGGCCAUGGCCAAGACACCUGGAAAGUCACCUCGAAAACCGCAAGUCUCACCUCGAAAGGGGCAUUCUUCACCUAUCAAAGGCCCAAGCCCAAGCAAGACAAAAGUUUUCACGGAUGUCAUGAAGCCGGAGAAGAGUCACUUCUCCAAAUCAUUUCAUGACCACGGCCACACAAUCUCCAUCCCAAUCGACCAGAUGAAAUCCAGCUUGAAGGAGAUCGACAUCAACGUGGUGCCACGACCGACUUCAUCAUCAGCAUCAGCAAUGGGUGACGACCGACCGGUGCUGAUCGACUUCAGCAAAAGCAUCGGCAGCGGGAGUGUUGGAGCUAACGGCGCACCUCCAUUGAAGAGACACGCAACAACCAACGCCGUCGUCGAGAGCAAAUUACCUAUGAAGCUGGCAAGAGCCAAGAGUAGCGUCGCCGCCAUGGCUGCAGGAAGCGGUGUGGAAAAUUUCAGCCAGAGCGUUGGUCCACCACCCGUGCUCGCGUCUGGGAGACGUUUGAGGAGUAGUCCUCCUGAAUAA